GCGCCGCGGAGCCGCCGCCGGGGCAGCCCAGCGGGUCCGCCGGGAGCACCCGCGCGGCCCCCGCUCCGGGUGAGGGGAGCCGAGCGGGGCACGGCGGGGAGCGGUGCCGGUGCCGCCGCCGCCACCAUGUCCGGGCGCGGCCACAACAAGCUGCCGACCACCGAGCGCAUCGUCAAGGCUGUCCCGUUCCCUCCCACGCAGCGGCUCACUCUGAAGGAGGUGUUUGAGGAUGGCAAACCCAGGCUCGACGUCCUCAAGAGCCACUUGGUGAAGGAAGGGCGGCUGGAGGAGGAGGCGGCGCUGAAAAUCAUCAACGACGGCGCCGCCAUCCUGAGGCACGAGAAAACCAUGAUCGAGGUGGAGGCUCCAAUCACAGUGUGUGGUGACAUCCACGGGCAGUUCUUUGACCUGAUGAAGCUGUUUGAGGUGGGAGGAUCACCCAACAACACCCGCUACCUCUUCCUGGGGGACUACGUGGACAGAGGCUACUUCAGUAUAGAGUGCGUGCUGUAUUUAUGGAGUUUAAAGAUAAAUCAUCCCAAAACGUUGUUCCUCCUUCGAGGGAACCACGAGUGCAGGCACCUCACAGAAUACUUCACCUUCAAGCAGGAAUGUCGGAUCAAGUACUCGGAGCGAGUGUACGACGCGUGCAUGGACACCUUCGACUGUCUUCCUCUCGCUGCCCUCCUCAACCAGCAAUUCCUGUGUGUCCACGGGGGCCUGUCUCCAGAAAUCACGUGUCUAGAUGACAUUAGGAAAUUAGACAGGUUCAAGGAGCCUCCAGCCUUUGGUCCGAUGUGUGACCUGCUGUGGUCUGAUCCCUCGGAGGAUUACGGCAACGAGAAAACCCUGGAGCAUUUUGCCCACAACACUGUCCGAGGCUGCUCCUAUUUCUACAGUUAUCCUGCAGUGUGUGAAUUUUUGCAGAACAAUAGUUUGUUAUCCGUAAUCCGAGCUCACGAAGCCCAGGACGCUGGGUACCGAAUGUACAGGAAGAGCCAGACCACGGGCUUUCCCUCGUUAAUCACAAUCUUCUCUGCACCAAAUUACUUAGAUGUCUAUAACAACAAGGCUGCUGUACUGAAAUAUGAAAACAACGUCAUGAACAUCAGGCAGUUCAACUGUUCCCCUCACCCCUACUGGCUUCCAAACUUCAUGGAUGUCUUCACAUGGUCUUUGCCUUUCGUAGGGGAGAAGGUCACCGAGAUGCUCGUGAACAUCCUCAACAUCUGCUCCGACGACGAGCUGAUUUCGGAUGGCGAUGAGACGUUGGAAGGUGGGACAACGGUGCGCAAGGAGAUCAUCAGGAAUAAGAUCAGAGCCAUUGGGAAGAUGGCACGGGUCUUCUCAGUCCUUCGGGAGGAGAGUGAGAGCGUGCUGACCCUCAAAGGCCUGACCCCCACAGGUACCCUGCCCCUGGGAGUGCUCUCGGGGGGGAGGCAGACCCUGCAGACCGCCACAGUAGAAGCGGUAGAGGCACGGGAAGGUAUGGCUAGAACCCGGCGAGAGACUCAAAUCAUCUCCGUGUCCAUCCGUGGCUUCUCCCCGCAGCACAAGAUCCGCAGUUUCGAGGAGGCGCGGGGGCUGGACCGCAUCAACGAGCGGAUGCCGCCGCGCAAGGAUUCGCUGCACUCGGACGGCCCCGUGAACUUGGUAACCUCGAACUCUGCGGACAAGAACGGCACGGGCAAGAAACCCCAGUAACGCCAGAGGAUCCAAAACUUCAUGAAUUUUAUUUAUUUAUUAUCGGGGUGGGGUGGGGGCAGGGGGAGAAACCGACUUCACCUGGAGGCACGUCCAUAAAUCCAGUCCGCAUCCGUUCUGUGAGAAAGCGACCAUUUUGUAAUUUCUUUUUUUUUAUUUAUGUUCAAUAUAUAUAAAAAUGUC